AUGGCUGAACACAUAAAAGAAACAAGUAAAUGUUCGAUCUGCCUGACCUAUCUUGAAAAUCCCAUGUACCUGAAAUGUGGCUACAUCUGCUGCUUCAAAUGCCUCAAUUCCCUGCAGAAGGAGCCUGAUGGGGAGGGUUUGUUGUGCCCCAACUGCUCUGUCAUCUCACAAAAGAAGGAUCUCAUAGGUGCUCGCAAGCUUGGAGAGCUGGUUUCAAAGGUUAAGGACUUAGAGCCCCACCUGACAGAGGUUCUCCGGAUGAACCCGAGGAUACGGAAGCUCCAAGUGGAUGUGACCUUGGAUGCGGAUACAGCCAACAAGCAACUCAUCAUUUCCGAGGACCUGAAGACUGUUCAUUGCGGGCUCUUGAAACAGAAGAAGGAGGCCUGUCCUGAGAGAUUCAGUGACACACUUUGUGUCCUGGGCCUGCCUCGGUUCACCUCUGGCCGUCAUUACUGGGAGGUGGACGUGGAGUCCAGCAGAGAGUGGGAUGUGGGCGUGUGCAAAGAAUCGGUGCAUCGACAAGGCAUGAUUCAGCUGUCCCCAGAUCGGGGCUUCUGGACGGUGAGCUUGAGAAGAGGACAAUUCUACUCUGCAGGCACUGUGCCUUCCACCGUCCUCAGGGUGAACCCCCGGUUACACCGAGUAGGGAUUUUCCUGGAUCUGAAUAGUAAGAGCAUUUCCUUUUAUCACAUCAGUGAUGGAUCCCAUAUUUUCACCUUCACUAAACUUCCUACUGCAGAGCCACUGCGUCCAUUUUUUUCUCCUGGAAGUGCAACUCAGGAUGCUCAAUGCUUCCUGAGAAUCUGUCCUGUGGUGAAUCUAGGCAUUGAUAGUCCUCCAGCAAAUCCAGGGUCUGGCAAAUGAAACUCUGAUUACAGAAACAGUGAUGGAAAAUCUUUGCACAACAUACGGCCGUGGAUGGGAGAUUUUCUGUUUGCUCCACAGACGAUACCAAAAGGUAUGGAAUUAUGGAACCACUCGUGAAUCCAACACAAGUUACAUCAGGGGAAAGGACAUUUCCAUAAUGAAUAAGCAUUGUGGUUUCCUGCAGGACUUGUUUAUUUCGGUUCCAAUCAUUAUGUUCUUUCCUUCAGAUCAAUUCCUAA